CAUUCCUUUACAAAGUUGCAGAGCGGGCAUGCCUAAGCACGGGUCCCAGAGCACAGAGAUGAGAACUAGAGGAAUAGGUCCCGUAUGGAGUCAAGGUAGCUGUUCUCUGUUACAAUGCCUUCCCAGCUGAGAGCUCUCUUUCUCUGAAGACCCUCACUCCACCAUUUCCACCCCGAGGAUCCCUAGAAAUUCAUAACCUCCUGGUAAUCUUUCUUUAUUUUUUCCCCCUUAGGCCAUUGUCUCCGUUAUCCACUAGACUGUAUGCUUCUUCAAAAACAAAGGGACGUGUGCUACUCACAGAUUCGUUUUUAGUGCUUAGGACCAUGCCUGUGCUCAAAAGAUACUUGAUGAAAUUGUAAAUCAGUCAAUCAAUUCACGCUUUCGUGGCAAAGCCAGUGACCUUCUGAACUGCUAUCCACAGGAGAGCUAUUUUAAUCACUGUUUCACAGAUAUAUUCCCCAAGAUUCAUAGAACCUCACAAACUUUCCAACAGGUCAAAGCGAGCAGAGAGCUCUUAUUCAGACCCUUCCCGCUGCCCUUCCUGCUCCGACUGUGUGCUGUGUCUUCCUCCCCCGAAGACUAUUUACGGCAGAAACAACGAAUUUCCUCCAAACGGCGGUGCCGGUGGUCCUCACAUUCCUUCGGGGGAGCCACUGUAGCUGGCCCUGGAGAGAGCCAAGGCGCCUGGACUUGACACGUCCUGAAUCAUACCCUCGGCCAGGGCUCCCUAGAAAAAUCUGGAUGUAUAAAAAUAACACUUCCAGCCCAUGCUGCUCUCCCCCGGCUAAGGUGUCUUUUUGACCUGCUCCCCAGGGCGAAUGGGAAUGGCUGUCAACGUCUCUGCGAAGCCCCAGGUCUUCAGCUGUGAAGAUGAAAUUCUGUGGCGAGUCUUACUGGACGCGCUGUCGUAGCAUGGAAUAGACCAGCUCGGCGUCUGCGUCUGAUCUUCCGCCAAAGGCUGACCGCUCUGCCUUGGCGUUUUUGUGAGGAACUGUUGCCUUCGGGAGGUGUUGGAUGGUCCCUGCUUCCUCGGAGCCUGGCCCUCGCUGGGAUUCAGAUCCAGGACUGAAGGAGGGUGGCUGUCUGGCCAUGGGCUGCCGAGAAAACCUCCGGGCUUGCUCUUAACCUUGGGCUCUGUCUAUGACCCAUCACCCAUCGGAGGGGCUUCCUAACCAGCCCUUCGCAUCUCUUGGGUCUUGCUGCCCGCAAAGCCCGCUCUCUCCCGGCCUCGCCUGCUCGGAGCUGUACCCCACGGACGCCUGCGGAUGUGUGGCUGAACCAUGUCGAGACCCAGCGGACUGUUAUGGCUCCCACUGUUCUUCACCCCGGUCUGCGCCAUGUGGAACGCCAACGUCCUCCUGUGCAUAACCGCCCUCGCCGUCAAGUUGACACUCACCGGCAGCCAGGCCCAGUACCCCGUGGUCAACACCAACUACGGCAAAAUCCGGGGCUUAAGAACACCAUUGCCCAAUGAGAUUUUGGGUCCCGUGGAGCAGUACUUGGGGGUCCCCUACGCCUCACCGCCCACUGGAGAAAGGCGGUUCCAGCCCCCGGAGCCCCCGUCCUCGUGGACCGGCGUUCGGAACGCCACCCAGUUUGCGGCGGUGUGCCCCCAGCACCUGGACGAGCGGUCUCUGUUGCACGACAUGCUGCCCAUCUGGUUCACUGCCAAUCUGGAUACUUUAAUGACCUACGUGCAAGACCAGAACGAGGACUGCCUGUACUUGAACAUCUACGUGCCCACGGAGGACGGAGCCAACACAAAGAAAAACGCUGAUGAUAUAAGCAGUCAUGACCGUGGUGAAGAUGAAGACAUCCACAAUCAGAACAGUAAGAAGCCGGUGAUGGUGUACAUCCACGGCGGGUCUUACAUGGAAGGCACCGGCAACAUGAUCGACGGCAGCAUCCUGGCCAGCUACGGGAACGUCAUCGUGAUCACGAUGAACUACCGGCUGGGAAUCCUGGGGUUUUUAAGUACCGGUGACCAGGCGGCCAAAGGGAACUACGGGCUCCUGGAUCAGAUCCAGGCGCUGCGCUGGAUUGAGGAGAACGUGGGGGCCUUCGGCGGGGAUCCCAAGAGAGUCACCAUCUUCGGCUCCGGCGCGGGUGCCUCUUGCGUUAGUCUCUUGACCUUGUCCCACUACUCAGAAGGUCUGUUCCAGAAGGCCAUCAUCCAGAGCGGGACCGCCCUGUCCAGCUGGGCGGUCAACUAUCAGCCUGCCAAGUACACUCGGAUAUUGGCAGAUAAAGUCGGCUGCAACAUGCUAGAUACCACGGACAUGGUGGAAUGCCUUCGGAACAAGAAAUACAAAGAGCUCAUUCAGCAGACCAUCACCCCGGCCACGUACCACAUCUCCUUCGGCCCCGUGAUCGACGGGGAUGUCAUCCCGGACGACCCUCAGAUCCUGAUGGAACAGGGGGAGUUCCUGAACUACGACAUCAUGCUGGGUGUCAACCAGGGGGAAGGACUGAAGUUCGUGGACGGCAUCGUGGACAACGAAGACGGCGUGACCCCCAACGACUUUGACUUCUCGGUGUCCAACUUUGUGGACAACCUUUACGGCUACCCCGAGGGGAAAGACACGUUGCGGGAAACCAUCAAGUUCAUGUACACGGACUGGGCAGAUAAGGAAAACCCUGAGACACGGAGGAAAACCCUGGUGGCUCUGUUUACAGACCACCAGUGGGUGGCCCCCGCCGUGGCCACCGCGGACCUGCACGCCCAGUACGGCUCUCCCACCUAUUUCUACGCCUUCUACCACCACUGCCAAAGCGAAAUGAAGCCCAGCUGGGCGGACUCAGCCCACGGCGACGAAGUGCCCUAUGUCUUCGGGAUCCCCAUGAUUGGCCCUACGGAGCUCUUCAGCUGCAACUUCUCCAAGAACGACGUCAUGCUGAGUGCGGUGGUCAUGACCUACUGGACGAACUUCGCCAAAACCGGUGACCCCAAUCAGCCUGUUCCUCAGGACACCAAGUUCAUUCACACAAAACCCAAUCGCUUUGAGGAAGUGGCCUGGUCCAAGUAUAACCCCAAAGACCAGCUGUAUCUGCAUAUCGGCCUGAAACCCAGAGUGAGGGACCACUACCGAGCCACGAAAGUGGCCUUCUGGUUGGAACUCGUGCCACACUUGCACAACUUGAAUGAGAUAUUCCAGUACGUCUCCACAACCACAAAGGUUCCUCCUCCGGACAUGACGUCCUUCCCCUAUGGAACUCGGCGGUCCCCUGCCAAGAUAUGGCCCACGACCAAACGCCCAGCGAUCACGCCCGCCAACAACCCCAAGCACUCCAAGGACCCUCACAAAACGGGGCCCGAGGACACAACCGUCCUCAUCGAAACCAAACGGGAUUAUUCCACUGAACUGAGCGUCACCAUCGCCGUGGGGGCGUCCUUGCUUUUCCUCAACAUCUUGGCCUUCGCGGCGCUCUACUACAAGAAGGACAAGAGGCGCCACGAGACGCACAGGCGCAACAGUCCCCAGAGGAACACGACGAACGACAUCGCCCACAUCCAGAACGAGGAGAUCAUGUCCCUGCAGAUGAAGCAGCUGGAGCAUGACCACGAGUGCGAGUCCCUGCAGGCUCACGACACGCUGAGGCUCACCUGCCCGCCGGACUACACCCUCACGCUGCGCAGGUCCCCAGAUGACAUCCCACUGAUGACACCAAACACCAUCACCAUGAUUCCCAACACCCUGACGGGGAUGCAGCCUUUGCACACGUUCAACACCUUCAGUGGAGGGCAAAACAGUACAAAUUUACCCCACGGACAUUCGACCACUAGAGUAUAGCUUUGCUGUCUCCUUCCCCUCCGCCCCGGGCUCCCCCCCUCAACAACAUUGAAGAGAGAAGGAAAGAGGGUAGCAACAUGUCCCAGCAAAGAAUGUGUUUCAUGCCACUGGCUUAGGACAAAAAAAAAAAGGCAAAAGGGCAUCUCAUGUCCUUGCAAAAACCCUCCCCAUCCACAUAUCCCAGUACAACGAGAUCAACUACUGACCCUACAAAAUGUGAAACGUAUACAUUGCUGUUACAAUACUGCUUUAAGAUCGCCGCCACUCCAGCAAACGUUAGUGUGACUACGACAUCACCAUUUCAAGGACGUGGAUCUUUCCAAUGUGACCGUAGAAGCUGACACUUCUGUAACUCAGCCAAGGACACACUGUUUCGGUUUUGGGUUUUGUUUUUUUUUUUUUUUUUUUAAUUACAAUCGAAAAACAAAUAAAUAAAAGUUCUUUACGUGCCAUAGAACGAAUGGCUCUACUUAAGCGAAGAAAGAGUCUGUGGGCUUUUACCCAGCAUACGGAGCUGUAAUCGAGAGAGAAGGAAAAGUAGAAUUUUAUUAUUAAAAUAAAGGAACUGACUAUGCACUUACAUACAUAGAGUUCUGUGCAAAGAGUUGGUUUGCCAGCCUGAACUAUAUUUAAGAAACUUUGUAAAAAUUAAAAAAAAAAAUGUAUAUAGCUGUGAGUUUAAACAAACCCACACACACAGAGGAAGAAAACAAACAAACAAACACACAAAAAGCUUUUAUCGGUGUUUUUCACUUUGAAAGAGCUGUUAGCAAGCUUGUGCUUUCCAUUGUGGUCUGUAUGUACAUAAAUAUAUAUAUAUAUAUAUACACAUUAGUCAUAUCGCCUCUGUUUCCUCCAGGACAAAGGAGGAUUUUUCUUCUUAAUUACUUGUGCUCAAAAAAAAAGACGUGGGGUUUUCUGCUGCGUUUCAUUCGUAGGAGAAGGUGGCUUUCCCACAGCGGACCCAGACCGUCUGUGCCACUGGGCCGUCUCCCCUCACGGGCCGAACAAAUGCAUGCUACGGCGUUCUUAGGAGACCGUUGUGGUUUUUUUUUUUUUUCAGGAAAACUUUUAUUUUGUCUGUGUGUGUGUGUGUGUGUUAAGGCUUCAUGAAGUUGCAACCCCAAGGUGGAUCCCCUAUGUGGAACGUAUUUAAAGCUUGUUGAAUUAGAAACACGCACAUCCAGAGUGACAGCAGGAAACAAACAAACAAACAAACAAAAAACCCAGAAUACAAAUCUCGUUCUGUGGUUCUGGUUCUUUGAAUCGGUUUAGGAAGAGUUGCUUCUUCCCGCUCCAGGGUCCUGCCAAAAAAAGCGAAAGAAACCUUGUGUUUGGUGGGGCCACGCUCUGUUGCGUCAAUGCAGCUCUGUCCUCCCCGGCAGCUGCAGGAGGGUUUGGCAGCUGAAGGACCUGCUCAGUUUAGCUAAUCAGACUGAAGGAAGGCAUGUGUCUUUCCUUUCUGUUGAAGCAGGAAGUCCCCUUAUUUAUCAGUAAGCAGAAGUUUUUGUUUUUUGGGGUUUUUUUUAAUUCUUUCUAUCAUUUAUGGGAUAAAACAUAUGCUUGUCUGAAACUAUUACCUUUUGUGGGUUUGUGUGUCAGUCACCGAUCCAUACGUAGGACAGACAGAAAACAGACCAGAAGGACAGAACGUGAAAAGUGCUUUGCAUCGGUUUCCCGGGGAGCUAGGGACAGCUUCACUGUCAAGACGACACACGGAAAUAUUUGCCCACUCAAAAUUGGUGAGAUGGGGACUAGAGAUCUGUCUGUCCCUCUGACACUUUGUCAUUUUCUCAUUGUCCUUUUAAUUUUCCUUAAGGACUAUUUUGAAAGUGUCCUAAAGUGGAAGGGAAAAUUAUAAUGAUAGUCCCUUUAUAUUUUGUCUUUGAAAAAUUUUUGCAACACCAGGAGGUAUCCAAAGAUAUUUGAAGAUAAUGUCUCUGGGCGUGAGGGUGUGGAUCAUAAGAACCCAGUCUUAAAUUUCCAGGGUGGGCAUUCUCCACAAAAAUGGUCCAACUUCCUUGUCCCUUUGUUCGAUCUUGGAUUCAUGAACCCGUAACCUAAAACCGUAGCGGAAUCUAUCGGAGUGUUUGAAAAAUGCCCCUUAGGAAAAGACAGUUCUUGCAAAUGCACACAGUCAAUUCUGUUGCUCAUCUUGGUUUAAGUUGGAGAGUGGUUCUCUGUCUGUACAUAGGUGAAACAUGACGGCCCCAACUUCGCACACAGCGACGCAACAGUUUCUUUUCCUGCAGCUAGCGGUGUCACGGGUAAGACUUCUGCUCACCCUUUUUUUAAAGCUCUUGUCAGGCCAUUUCCGCAAGCUCUGCGUUACCCCAGCUGAGCUACGACAAACAGGCUCUCAUGGAACUGCAAAGGAAGUCAUGCUUGGCACCCGUGUGGGUCUGGUAUGUUUGUAAUGUGAAUUCUAGUAUUUGUUUAGUAUUUCCAAUUGUCUUCUGCUAGCAAUAUGCACAGUAAUGUAUCAGGCUUGUGACAUUUGGAUAAGGAAAAAAAAAAGAGUUCUUGUUAAGUGAAUAACUUUAGCUUUCACAGAUGAUUGUGAUAAAAAGCAAUUUAAUACACCUUAAAUGGUAUCUUAUUUCUACAUGGAAAGAAGUUAUAGAAUCUUCAUAGAGUUCUAUGAGAAUAAAAUAUACUUGCUAUCUAUUAAAAAAAAAAAAAGAGGAAAAAAAUGAGAAAAAAAUAAGUUUAAAAAACAAAAAAAAAUCUUUCCUAGGCUUUUUUUCUUGACCUUCACAGGCACGCAGGGUUUAAUGGUUUCUUGGAUUAUUAUUUUGCGAUUUUGUUUUUGAUUUUGCCUUAAGUAAUGAUAGAAGAUAUAUAUGGCUGGACACAUAUGUAUAAACUUUUCAGCAGCAUU